AUGGUUGAGCAAUUCUCAGUUGACUUGUCAUGGACAUUUGUUGCAGGCAUUUUCUGGACUCGUAGUUCUCUUGUUAUUGAUUCCGUCCUGGUUGGUCCAGUGUUGUUUCAAGCAUUUCGGAUGAUUCCUUACUUGACUGAGAUCUCAUACUUUGAUAUGGAAGGUCUCUUCUUCUCAUACUAUAUUGACCAUGAUCGAACUCUAGCAUUGUACUCUAACUCUUCGUUUUCUUCUCCCUUGGAUGCUUCAAAACUGAUGUACUAUGUUCAACCUGUAAACCCUAGCACCGGAGGAUUAUAUGGUGAAUCCAAAAUAUAUGAGCGUCCAAUUAAUGCAAGUAAGAUUCAGGAAGUAGUAAAUAGUUCCCAUGGAUAUUCCUCAUUAGGAUCCAUGUGGAGCAAUGAUCAUCAAAUUUUAUAUGUUAAUUCAGUAAGAAUAUCAAGAACAGAAGUGAUCUCAUUAGGGUUUGCUGCGACUUCUAUUAUUAAUUUCGUCACUCCUAUUAGGCAUCAAGGUGAAAGCUUGUUAUAUUUGGCUUCUAAGGAUGGGAAAGUGAUUCUCCAAGGAUUCCAAACAAUCCAUAUAGAUAUAGAAUUCUCUAAUGAUACAGCUUCCUUCCAUUCAAUCAAAUCAAAUGGCAACCAAAAGAGUUAUCAGGGCUAUGUUUCAUGCAAGGAUGAAGCUUCUGCUUCAGUUUUAAAAGUUGGGGCUACUCAGUAUUUGACAUGCUGCUCAUCAAUUGAUGUAAUGGGAGUAGAUUCGGUAUACGUCAUAGCAAUACCACAAAAUGGUGGAUUGGUGGCCUUUGCACAUAAGAGUAGAAAACUGGGGUUAGUGCUAAUGAGUUGUAUGAUAGUUACUGUAUUGAUCUCCGUCUUCAGUUUUCUAUUACUAAAUACUAUAGUCGGUUGGAGAGAGAUGCAUUUGUGUGCCUCUCUAAUCAAACAAAUGGAAGCCACUCAACAAGCUGAGAGGAAGAGUAUGAACAAGAGUCUCGCAUUUUCCAGUGCAAGCCAUGAUAUUCGUGCUUCUCUUGCUGGACUUACUGGUUUGGUUGAGAUUUCUCGUGAAGAAGUGAUUGCUGGUUCAGAACUAGAGACCAAUUUAAAGCAAAUGGGUGCUUGUAUAAAAGACUUACAAGGGCUGUUGAAUUCUAUUCUUGAUACAAGUAAAAUUGAAGCAGGGAAAAUGCAACUUGAGGAACAGGAAUUUGAUCUCUCCCAGUUUGUAGAAGAUAAAGUUGACUUAUUUCAUCCUUUGGCUAUGAAGAAAGGUGUAGAUCUUGUAUUAGACCACUGUGAUGGUUCUAUGAUAAGAUAUUCACAUGUUAAAGGUGACAAAGGAAAGCUUCAACAAGUUUUGUGUAAUUUAUUGAGUAAUGCUGUUAAAUUUACUGAUAAAGGACACAUAGUAGUUCGAGCUUGGGCUCAAAAGCCAACUUUUCAGAACUCAAUAAUUUCUACUCACAGAUACAGUUUCAUGAAACUCUUUUCACGCUUAUGCUGCGAGAAAAAUGAAGCGGAUAUUGAUGUAGAAGCCUUGACUAAUACAACCCAGCAAGACCCAAACUACUUGGAGUUUGUGUUUGAAGUUGAUGACACUGGAAAAGGAAUUCCUAAAGAGAAGCAAGCGUCAGUGUUUGAGAAUUAUGUUCAAGUCAAAGAAACUGCUUUGGGACUAGAAGGGACUGGCUUGGGACUUGGUAUUGUGCAAUCACUGGUACAUUUGAUGCAUGGGGAUAUUGAAAUUGUGGACAAGGAAAUUGGUGAAAAAGGAACAUGCUUUAGAUUUAGUGUCCUCCUUGCCGUGAGUGAGACAGUCACUGGUAGCAAUAAUAGCACUAGGGAGGUUAAUAAUUUAGAUCAACAUCAAGGACAACAUAUAAACAAACCUAGUUCUGGUUCUAGCACAUGUUCCCCAAGUCCAAGAUUACCUAUUUUUGCCUCUAAUAGGUUAGGGGAUUCUCGUGUUAUUCUUCUGAUUCAAAAUGAGGGGCGUCGAAGGAUUACCAAAAGGUUCAUGGAGAGAUUAGGGAUUAAAGUUAAGGUUGUGAAGCAUUGGGAACAUUUAUCACAUGCUCUCCAGAAGAUCAAGCAAAAAGGGUGCAAUUCCAGCCAAAGCUCUACAGGAGCAUCAUAUAUGAAUUCUCAGUCUACACGCCACAAUUCUAAUAAUGCUAGAGCCAAAGGAUUUCCUUUGAGUGUUACAGAUGGAUCAGCAGACUAUAUCUCUUCAUUUUUUAACAAGUUAGAAGAUGGGGUUUCCUUGGGUUUAGUUCUGCUUGUGAUUGAUGCAUUAGCAGCACCCUUUGCAGAACUUGGCAUAAUGAUAUCUGAGUUUAGAAGAGGCCUCAGAAUUCCUUGUAAGGUUGUUUGGUUAAACAAGCCACUUUUGCGGAAUGUAGAUUUCAAAGCACUAGAUGAAGAUGUGAUUGAUCCAAAUGACAUUGUUCUAUCUAAGCCAUUUCAUGGUACUCGUUUGUUCAACAUUAUCAGUCUUCUACCUGAGUUUGGCGGGGAUUAUACAUGCAUAUCUGAGAUAGGAAGAACAAGUAGAGACAUUUUUCACAUUACAAUGAGGAAGACAUCAAAAAAAUCUAAUAUAUCAAGAUAUCAAUCACCUCCAUUAGACAGAAUAGAAGUUCCCUCACUUCAUGCAUCCCCACUUCAAGAUGUUGAACUACAAGAUUGUGAUUGUUCAUGGAAGAUGGAACAACUGCAUUCUUAUGGAGAGAUACAAGAAUGUAGUACUUCAACUAGUGACAAGCCCUUGAGUGGCAAAAGAUUUUUGGUUGUUGAUGACUGCGAGUGCCAACGUAUGAUAACUUUGAAGACUUUGAAACAACUAGGUGCGACAAGUAUGGAAUGUAAUAAUGGCGAAGAUGCAGUGAACUUAGUUAAAGAGGGUCUAACCGUGGCUUUCCCCUAUUUUCCUUAUGAUUAUAUCAUAAUGGACUGUGAGAUGCAAGUGAUGGACGGAUUUGAGGCAACAAUGCAGAUAAGAGAGAUAGAGAAGAGUUAUGGGGUCUACAUUCCUAUCAUGGCAUUAACAGCUCAUGCGUAUGUGGACAAAGCAAAUAAGAUCAAAGAGGCAGGAAUGGAUGCUCAUUUAAGCAAGCCACUGAGUAAAGAGCAUUUAUUAGAUGCCAUCAAAUAUAUAGAUGGUAAAUUGUGUAACAUGUCAAUGAUGUAG